UGUUAGGUUAAAGAAUCGUCCCGAUAAGAUAAAUAACAAUAAUUGUAGUCAAAAUAUUCUCAAAAGUCUGGGACAUCGGAAACGGCCGAUGUUCGAGUGUUACGAGGAAACUUAAAACCUUUACCUAGUCUCAAUCGGUUGUUGCAGUGUUGAUAUCAUCUGUAACCAUGUCCAGCAGCAGUCCGGCCGACAAGUCUUCCAAGAAGUUGAAGCAGGCGUGUUUACCGUUCAAGUUGGUCAAUUCGCCUGGGGACGAGGCUAAUUCCAAAUGCCGCAAACGUAAACUCAGUGGCACUGAAAAUGAUGAUACGCGAGUGGAGAACCCUAAGGUCGAAUUGCUUAAUGGAGGGACCAAGUGUUUUAUUAAAUCUGACGAAGAAAUAAAUGAUGAAGAUAAUGAUAUGAAAGUAACUGAUGUUGAAAAUCCAGAUGAUUCAACUGUGUCUUUGAAAAAUAUUGAAAAUAAUGAUAAAAUAAUAACCAAAGAAGAAACAUCUAAAGUUAAUGAGAAAACUCUAGAUGAUAGUAUUUCUAUUUCUUCAGAUUCAGAUAAUACUCAAAAUGAUACAUCUGUUAAUUCUUCUCUAGAUAACGAUAAAUUAAAUUCACCAUCUUCAAGAAAUAUUACUUCAAAAAAAAUGUUGAAAAAACAAGAAUCUGCAAAAAAACAAAAAGAAAGACUAAGGAUAAAACUGGAAAAAGAAAAAGCUCGAGAAGAAAAACUCAAAGAACAAGCAGAAAAGCUUCUUUUAAAAGAACAAAAAAGAAAUGCUGAAAUUGAAGCCAAACGCUUACGUGAUUUAGAAAAGAAACAGAAAGAAGAAGAAAAAAAGGCUAAAGAAUUAGAAAAAGAAAAAGAACGAAAGCUAAAAGAAGAAGAAAAAAAAGCUAAAGAAUUAGAAAAAGAAAAACAAAAAGAAGAAAAACUUUUAAGAGAAGAAAUGGAAAGGAAGAAAAAAGAUAAGGUUAAAGCUGCCUUUGUUGGGUUUUUCAAAACAAAAAGUUUUAACUCUGAGACUUCUAAAAAAGAUGUGGAAAUAAUUGAUCAAGAACAAGAAACUUAUUUUAUGCCUUUCCAGACUAAACAAGAUAUGAAAAUAGCUCCAUUUUGUAGAGCAUAUUUGAAUAGCGAUAGAAAAAAAAUAAUAGACAACUGUAUUUGUCAAUAUGAGCAAAAUAAAGACUUAUUGUAUUUACAUUUAUUAAAAACUGGGAAACACAAACCUUCCAAAUCUGAUAGAACCUGGCCUGUUCAUAAUGAAAAUGAUGAUGAUCUUAUUAUCAUUGAAACUGGUUCAAAUGCUGAAAGCGAUGGAAACACUAUUAAUACUAGUCUUAAAAACAACUUUCAAAAAAACAGAUGGAAAUUGUUACAGUUUAAGGAAAAUAAACGUCCUCCAUAUUGGGGUACAUGGAGAAAAAAAAGUCUUUUUGUUAAACCAAGGAGACCAUUUGCUUAUGACAAAAUAAUGUUUGAUUAUGAAAUUGACUCAGAUGAUGAGUGGGAAGAAGAAGAUCCUGGUGAAAGUAUACAUGGUACAGAUAAUGAAGAAGAGCCUGAAGAUGAUUAUGAAGUUGAUAAUGAUGUUUUUGUACCUCAUGGAUAUUUGAGCGACGAAGAAGGUCAAGACAAUGAUACAGAUGAUUCUGAAGAAGCACAAAAAGAAAAACUAAAGUUACUAGGUGAAGAAUUUGAAAAAGAAAUAAAAAAAAAAACAGAACGCAUUAAACCAAGACUUGUAGGUUGUAUAUGGAUACCAAAUAAUGUAACAAAUCCUGAAAAUGUGAGUAAAUCUGUUGCUGACACUUUAUUAAAGUAUCGUUGUAUAUGGGAUGAUGAAGAACCUAUUAUAACAGAAGCACCGGUGAUAAUAGAUACACUUAAGGAUUUAAAUAUAUCUGAAAACAAAAAAACUUUAUUACUUCCAGAUUCAAUUAUUCCUGAUCUUAUAACAUUUAUACAUGGAAAUUCAAGUGGUAUUAAAGUAGCUGCUAUUAAUUUUUUUGCUGAAAUUGUUAAAAAUGGUAAAAAUAUAGAUGAUAAUAAUUUAAUUUCUGUAACAUCUGUUAAACGAACUAUAAAAGCAAUUGCAACAAAAGCUUCUCAUAUGUCACCAUGGUGUGUUAGUAAAGAUACUUUUGAGAAGUAUGGAGUCCAAUAUCCUAAAAGUGUGGAAAUUGAAGUUCCAAAACCCAUCAAAUCAUCUUCAGUUAAAAAAAUUACAAGUUUUAUGACAUUACAAAGUCAAAAAACAAAUACAUCUUUAAUAAACAAAUCAUGUACGAAAACUGAUGAAAUUGUGCCAGAAUCUACUCAAAGUGAUUUUAUUCCAAAAAAUCUUUUUAACAUUGAAAAAUGUCCAAACCAACCAAUUAAAGAUGUAGUGAAGGAAGAACAAAAAGUUAGUAUUAUUGGCGGGAAAAAAAGAAUAACACCUAUUCUUUUAUCACCUAAAAAAAAUUUUAAGUGUUUAGCAAAUCAAAAACCUAAAGAAAAAUCUUUGAGUCCAGAACUUAAAAUAGUUUGUGAAGGAACAUAAAAUUCUAUUGUUAAAACUAUUUAAAUACUUAUUUAAUUGUUAUUCAAAUUAUAGUAUUUUGAAUAGACAUUGUUAAUAUAUUGUUUAUACAUUAAUUAAAUUAUUCCAAUUUUAUUUUUUUAAGUUUUAUUAAAUGAGUUCAAGUAGUAUUUUCAAUCUGAUGUAUAGAAAUUAUGAAUAAAAAGAAAUAUCAUAUUUUA